AAGUUAACAAUGUUUGAUGAAGUUGCUGGUGUGACUAGCAUAAAAUUUACUUUCAUCUUAUGAAACAAAACGCGUGUCGAUUCAACCAAGCUUGAGGCAUGUAUGGUGUCUUAGUUUAAACUUUAUUGUCUGGCGGCAUGUUCUAAUAAGAAUUAUGACUUUUAAAUGUGACGAUCAGAAAACGCCAACCUUGGAUAGUAGUUGGAUAUGUUCAUGCAUCUGUGUUUGACCUUUGGGCACUUCAAUCUAAACCAAUUACUUGUAUUGAACCAAAGUACUAUCCAGUUCCUUAUCUCUAGUCCAAGUAACAUCAAACUUUAAUUUGGAUUGCCUUUGCUGUAUUACCUGAUUAGCCAUUUGUAGUAACUUUUAGCAUACUGUAAAUUCAGAACUUAGGUUAGUCACUUUCUGCCGCAUGCAAGAUUAGUUGUGUAGCAAGAUUACUUUUGUGCUUGAUGUUUCAUGUGGAUUUCUAAUCAGUUUGAUGCUUGUAGAGUAUUUUGAAACUGUGACAAGACAUGGGAUCGAUUUGGCAUGAUGGUUAUGUACUUAAAUAUCAUUUUCAUGUUUGGUGGAAUUCAAAUGCUGCAAGAGAAUAUAAUAAAUAGCUUAUUUGGUUGCAAAAAGACCAGUGAUAAUGUCGUUCACUGUUGUGUGAAACCGCUACCUUCAGAAGAGUAACAUGGCUUAAGUUUGUUUCUAAGUUUAGCUGACUUAAAGUCUUUUUUGUCAUGCACAUUUUCUUGAGAAUUACAACAUUUUCUCUGCACAAGUGAAGUUACAUUAUUCCUAAUUGUUACCGCUACCUUCAACAUUGAAUGGAAAUUGCUAAUCUUCCAUUUUGGGUGUUACUGUGUUAGAUAUAUGAUUAGGUUUCAUUCUAAAGCCUUCCAUAUCUACAGAACAUAUAGUUUAGCUUCUUAGAACACGUAGCAUAAUUGAUUAGAACAUAUAGAACAAUUUACAGAACAUAUAGGUUCACUUAUUAGAACAUAUAAAUUAAAUUGUUAAAAUAUUUAUACCUAUUUAAAAAAGAACUAAUUUUGUUUCAUGUGUUGCAGGGAACCCGAAGAUCACACCAAUCAAGAAACUGAAGUUAAAAUCAAUGAAGAAAGCAUUGAUAAUGGAAACCAAGAACAAGAGCCUGAUCUCACUAAAGGACGGGAAGAGACUGUCAGGGAAACCGAAACUCAAACCAAUGCAGAAACUGAACCUAUCAUCAAUGAAGAAACCAAUGCCAAUGUAAACAAAGAACAAGAGGAAGUGAAUCAGAAGAAUGACAAAAGAAGGAAACAUAUUGCAAAAAGGAAACAAGGGAAUGAAAUUGUUGUUAGAGAUGUCAAGAAGCACAAGUCUGCAGUUGUUGUGCACUCGAGAUCAAAAGACUGUGUAGAAGUGGAUAACAAAUCAAAACCGGUGGAGAAGAAAAAGGCUAGACUUUUGGUCCAAAGAAUACCACCAAAUUGGUUCAUGGCACUUAUUCCUAAAAUUCCGAGACAACACAGAGCUGCCAUUAGGAAAAUAGGCUUUGGUGCCUUCCUUGAUUUAGAUAUUGGUGCCCAUAAGUCUGCGUUUUCUGCUGAACUUGUAACAAGCUUAGACGCCAACAGAGUUAAUUUGGUGAUGGAUAACAAAGAAGAAAUAGAUAUUCAGUUGAAAGACAUACACCUUGUGUACGGGCUUCCAAUAGGAGGAAGGAAAAUAGUGGAACCGAAGAAGGAAGAAGAUGAAGAAUGGGUUUCAUUUCUGAGAACAUGGAGGGGAUUCUUUAACAUGGAAAGUGGAAGUCCAUACCUGUCAAAAGUAUUAGAUAGGUUGAAUGAGUUAUGUGAAAAAGACUUGUGUGAUGAAUUUUUAUGGCAUUUCGUGGUGUGUGUAGUGAAUACUUGUAUAUGCUCAACAUCAAGACCGGAAGUGGCAUACAAGUUUCUGUAUAGCUGCAUGGACAUACAGAAAAUUCAUGAAUUAGACUGGUGCCAUUACACUUUUGUAAAUAUGAAGAUAGCUGCUGAAAAAUGGAAAGGAGGAAAUGCUUAUUUCACUGGACCAUUGCCUUUCUUACUGAUUACAUAUUUUGACCGGUUGCAAAGGGAGAAGAUUGUGCAACCAAGAGAGUUCCCUCUCCUUUCAGUCUGGAACAGUGAGAGGAUAGAAGAAAGAAUGAAGAUUGAAAACAAGAGGGGCUUUGGAAAGGGGGUUGUGCUCAAAAGAAUAGCUUAUGAAGGAUUACUAGAAGAACAAGUUGAAGAACACAUAUACCAGAAAGAUCCUGACUUGCAAGCAGGCUCAUCAACUUCAUCCUACAACAUUAUGGGCUUUCUGGACAAAUUUGGGGAUUUGGCUAAGGCACUGGCUUCAAAUAUCAACGAGAUGUAUGUUAUGGUAGAUAAAGCAUCUGACCUUUUCAAAGAAGGCGAUACAGCAGAGGAACUGAAAAGGCUGGUCGAUAAUAUUUGGAGCAAGUACACAAAUAAGCCAACUGAGCCAAUUCUGCCCGAAGCACAAGAAAAAGUCAAGAGUCCUUCAGUUCUUAGCCAAGACAAACAAAUGUUUGAUGAACCUGGAUUCAUUGAGGAAUUGGACGUGGUAAUGGCUAAGGCAUGGGAAGAUUACCAAGAGAGAAUAGGUAUGAGUAAGAAAUUUGUCAAGCCACGUCCAACAAAAAAGAAAAAGAAGGCAAGAGAUGAAUCUGAUAUAUUAGGCUUCAAAUUGUUGACCCAAAGCCAAACCGAUGAAGAAGAAGAGCAACCCCUCCCAUUUGCUACAACAACGACACACAUCUUUGUUCCAGAAUCAGAAUCACCAGUGAUCCUUAGGGAUAUUCCAUCUUCAUCUGCAUUAAAGCCAACAGAAGUGAUUUCUCUCGACAGUGCUGAAUCGUUUGAAAAUAUGGAUUUGGAUUUGGACUUGGAUCUGGCACUUGGAGUUCAAAAAUCCUUGGAAAAUGCAGCAAACAAUGUCAAAAGCCAAGAACAAACAGACACAGAAAAUGCAACAAACAAGCCAAGUUCGGGUAAAGAUGAUGACCCUAAGGAAAGAGCGUCUGAUGUUGUUCCAACAGAGGCUACUUUGGGUAACAAUGAUCAGCAAAUGGGAACAGAAACUACUAAAACACCAACUGGUUUAGAUAUUGAUGGAAAGCAAGCUGGUUCGCCAAAAUAUGAGGAGCCAAAACAGAAAAUAGAUGAGCAGGAAGGGGGAAAUGAUGAAAGUAGAAAGAGUCAAAGAUGCAUUGAGAAGCUCCCGCAAUAUUUAAGAUCGCCUUUCAUGGUCAAACAUGAUGCAGCGUUCAAGAGAGUAGAUGUUGCUAAAAGAAGGAUGGCUGAUUAUGCAUUUGCUGAAGGACCAAUUGAUGAGCUUUUGUACAACGAUAAGCUAAACAAAAUCACAAGAGAAGAAAUGAAAAGUCUUGCGGGCGAAAAUCAUAUGCUCAACAAUAUAGCUGAUGCAUGGGCAUACCUUUUAAAUGUUGAAAACAGAAGGCGAGGUGUAGGAACAGAAAGUAGAUUUUUCUUCAGCACAAAGCCAUAUGACAUCUUAUGCAAAGAUAAGUACUUUCUUUCGAGUAUCAAGUUCAAUGAAAGAUAUCCUGCUUUGUUUAAAAGAAUGGAUGAAGAACUAGCACAUGCUAAAGUAACAAGCUUGCAAAGAGUUCAAUUGGUGUUUUUUCCGAUAGUUAAUGGUGGUCAUUACUAUCUAUUGUGCAUUAACUUCAUGAAUGGCAGUUUGGACGUGAUUGACAACCAAUGCAUUACACCCCCUAUGACGUAUUUGGGAAAAUACAAGAAUGAACCAAGAAAUAUGUUGAAAGGCUUCGCAGAAUAUUAUUUUGCAAGACACAAUGGAGGAAACAAAAGUUCUGUAACUGAUUUCAAAACAAGAAACCUGAAUAUGAAAUGGAAAAGCAACGCCAAUUAUGAUGAUUGUGGAGUGUUUUUGCUGAAGCACAUGGAAACUUAUUAUGGAGAGAGUGCAAAGGAAUGGAAUCCGGGACUGGAAAAAGACAACUUUGAGCAAAUGAAGAGAUUGAGAGUUGAAUAUUGUGGAAAGUUAUUGGCGCACAAAGAGAAUGAUGAACAUCAUACAAUGAUUUCAAAAUCAAGAACAUGGGCACUAGAAAACAAAAUUUGAGGAAAUUGUAAUAGCUAGUUGUAGAUCAAUGCUAGAAACAUGUAGCUUACAUGUAGCAUCAAAUUUCGUACUUGUUAUA